UUAUUUUCCACCAUUCAUUUGAGACCCAUCAUCAGCUGGUGAUUUGGUAGACAUAUUCCACCUACAGUGUGACGUCACACUUUGGAUGGUCUGGAUUACUUACUACAAUUUUCAAAAUGGUGGUGGACUAUCACAGUAGUCUAAGUCCCCUGUAUAAGCAGGGUCUCUUUUCCCAAUUUCAUUGCAUUCAUGCCCAGCUGUACUCUCAAUUUUCCUUCUUACACAACGUCCAUGGAUUCUUCGGCUCCGUCAGGUCUUCUGCCUUUCCAUGGUUUAGCGCCGGGAAGCCGGUCGACCAAAUCAAGAGGUUGGAUCACACAAUUUCAAGUGCCAAAGGAUCACAUCUAUCAUGUCCAUUGCAAAUCCUGUCUUGAUAAGCCCAUCAUGGCCAAUCGUCCAAGAAUUUUUUAUUCAACAAUGGAUCUACAAUAUUCAAUGAAGUCCGGGAUUCAACAAAAAAAAAUCAGAAAAUCCUACAUUCAUGCAACAUUAGACCAUGAAAAUGGAAAUGAACCUGAGGUUGUUCAUUUGAAAGGAUUUUGGGAAAACGUUCGGAACAAGUUAAAUACCUUCUAUGGUUUCUAUAGGCUCUUUCCUAUCAUUGGUACGAUCCUAGGAGUAAUAUCAGCUUCUCUGCUUCCAAUUGAAAGCGUGGCCGAUCUUUCUCCAACAUUUCUUGUGGGUCUGUUGAAGGCAUUGAUACCAUCAACUUUAAUGAUCAUGUAUGUUAUUACUGUAAAUCAGCUCUACGACGUUGAAAUAGACAAGAUUAACAAGCCUUAUCUUCCACUUGCUUCUGGUGAAUUGUCAAUGGCCGCUGGAAUAGCGUUGACUGUCAUCUCUGCUUCUCUGAGUAUUGCAAUGGCCUUCAUGUUUCAGUCCCCUCCACUUCUUUGGGCCAUGCUUCUUAAGUUCCUGUUCGGAACUGCAUAUUCAGUUGAUCUUCCAUAUCUACGGUGGAAACAAUCUGCAUUUCUAGCCAUCUUGUGCAUACUGUCUGUACGAGCCGUCAUUAUGCCGAUAGCAGUAUACAUGCACAUACAGAUGCAUACAUUGGGAAGGCCAUUCGCCAUUUCAAGGUCAUUGGUAUUUACAGUUGUUUCCUUGUGCUUCAUCACAAUAGUUAUAUCAUUAGUCAAGGACAUUCCUGAUGUUGAAGGAGAUAAAAGCUUCGGUGUCAAAUCAUUAAGCAUCCGAAUAGGCAAAGAACGGGUAUUUUGGUUAUGCAUUAGUCUCUUGUUAACAGGAUAUUGUGCAGCCAUGGUGAUAGGAGCUUCUUCUUCAUCUAUAUACAAUAAGCUCAUUACGGUAUUAGGUCAUGGAAUCCUUGCUUGGAUUGUAUGGCAGCGUUCUCAAUCCAUUGAUUUGGAGAGUAAGGCAGAAAUGCAUUCCUUUGAUAUGUUCAUUUGGAAGCUCUACUACACUGAAAGUCUUUUAGCCCCCUUUGUGCAAUGAGAUCAAAGAUCAAAUAGGUAGGUGCAGCAUCCAUGCAGGUGUACAAACACAAGCCAAUUGGAAAAAAAGAAACAGGAUAAUGCCCUUGUGUGUGUGUGUGUGUAGGGGAGCGGUCUAUAAAGUUUUUUUUCCCGUUUAUGUGAAUAUAUCAUUUAAAAAAAAAAAGGGAGUCGAACCAUGUAGGCCUAAACCAAAAAUCAGGCCGAUAUAAUUAUAAGUGGGUCACACAUUAAUUUGGAAGUAUUGGUUUUGUA